AUGCUUAUUUACAUGGCGAUAGUGGUUGGCGUAAUGGCAGUGGUAGAAGCACCACCACCGAAAACAAACACAGGGAUCACUCCGAUACCGUUCGACAAGAUCAACCCUAGAGCCAACGAGUUUCGACGUCUGGAUACCGACGGAGACGAGCAGAUAACGUUCACCGAAUUCAUUCUUGGUGACCAUCAGUACAUUGAAAAACAAUCGGCCGCUUUUCACAAGCUCGACGAGGAUGGAGAUGGUGUGGUAUCACGUGGUGAGUACGACACCUACUAUAAACGUAUGGACGACGAGCGUAGACGUAAUGAUAUGGAACGUGAACGCUUUUUCGAAGGACUUGUAGGUUUCCAUCGGGACCCAGCUCUUCAAUUCUUUAGCGCUGGAGGUCAGGACCCGCACUAUCAAGACAGAUUUCGUAGGCGGAGUAGUGAUUCGACCAUGUAG